AUGCCCUCAGCAGUUGCAGUCGCCAACACGACUCUCGCGCAAACUUUCAAGAAACAUGUAGUCGUGGGACCAGCCAACAAGAAGUACACACCGGCCACUAAGAAGCUACCAGAAUCACUCGUGCUGUCAGCCCGGAAUGUUGAGAAACAGGAAUUUGACCCGGCUCGCCACCUAAACAUCAUCCCCCCGAAGAAGAUUUUGAGGAUGGCAGACAUUGGGCUCGAGGGUGUUGGUAUCUCUGAUACUGCAGUCUCUGAGCCAUUCAGCCUAUGGACUGAAGAUGCCGUCAAGCAGAUGAGAGCAGAGAUAUUCAGCGAGGCGAUGCUCGAGAAUUGCCAGGUUUCUUCCAGCUUCGCAUCAAACAUGGUUAGAGGUUAUAAUGCAACACUCGCUCCGUUUAUCCACAAAGCCUAUUAUUGCCCGGAGCUUCUUGAAGCCGUCUCAGCUAUUGCUGGGAUUGACUUAGUUCCCGCAUUCGAUUACGAGAUUGGCCAUUGCAACAUCUCUUUCAACGAGAAGAAGCCCACACAAGCUGAACUUGAGAAGAUGAGUGAAGAUGGAGAUAGCGAAGCUUUCGCAUGGCACAGGGACAGUUUUCCCUUUGUUUGUGUGACUAUGCUGUCGGAUUGUAGAGACAUGAUCGGUGGGGAGACGGUUAUUCGUACGGGCGAUGGAAGCACCAUGAAAACGCGCGGGCCCACUAUGGGCCGCUACAUCGAACACAUGGCGCUGAAAUCGUUUGGCGGCGGGGAGCGCAUUUCCAUUAUUACACCUUUUCGGCCCAAGUCACCAUUCGUGAGAGAUGACACUGUUCUUACAACUGUUCGUUGUAUCAGCCGCCAAGAUGAGCUGUACCAUGAUUAUGCCGAGUACAGAAUGCGCAACUUGAAAGCUCGCGUCGACCGACAACUUGAGCUGAUUCAGAAGGGUCGGCAUCAGGGGGGACGCUUUGAUAUUGAGGGUGCCAGAGCUUGGCUCAGCGAGCAACAGGAGUACAUCGAGUCCAUGUUGACAGAGAUGUUCGACUAUGAGAAUUAG